UGGCCGUUCUUUUGGCGCCUUAAAAAUAUAAUUGUUGUAACACAUUAUAAAUAUGUCCAACUGUUUUUAGUGUUCCUCUUUCCCAAACAUCUUCUUCUUCUUCUCUCCUGCAAAUAUAAAAUCUCCCUCUUUUCUCCAGAAUCAUCUUCAUUCUUCACCAUUUUAGGCAUUAGCAAUGUCAUUCACCACCAAAAUUCCAGCUUUACCCCCAUCCAUUUGCCCUUGUUCUUCCCCAAGCUCUUCCAAUUUCAUCAACCCACCUCCCAUAUCCUCUCUGUUGACCCUUAAACCCCUCAAUUUCACCAAUUUUCCUGUCAAAUUUUCGAAUUUAGGUCAAAACCCCAUCUCUAAAUUCACCUCAUUUUGUCAAUUGAAUCCAUACCCAGAUGAGAAACAUGGAAUUCCCCCCAUUUCGUCACCUGGGCUUGUUUCUUUGAGGCUUUCGAGGUUGGUUUCCGAGUUCCGGUCGCUUCCGGAACCCAUAGAUAGGGUUAAGAGGCUUCUUGAUUACGCCAUGGUUCUCCCUCAACUCGGUGAGUUGACUAGGUCGCCGGAGAACCGAGUCCCUGGUUGCGCCGCCCAGGUUUGGCUAGAAGUGGUGGUUGAUGAGGUGGGGAGAAUGAGAUUUGGGGCUGAUAGUGAUUCGGAGAUUACCAAAGGGUUUUGUUCUUGUCUCAUCUUUUUGCUUGAUGGUGCUUUUCCUGAGGAUGUAUUGAAGGUGAAAGCAGAGGACUUGACAGACAUGAACGUGGGACUCCCUGUUCGUUCGAGAGUGAAUAGUUGGAACAAUGUGUUAAUCAAUAUUCAGGAGAGAACUAAGAGUUUCCUUGUGGAGAAAGAUCAGGAAGAAUGCCAAUUGGAUUCAUUGAAUAUGAAUACUAUUCUACCUUUGGUUGUUCCUGCUGAUAGUAUUAGUGCUAAAGACGAGGUUUGUGCUAACUGUUAAUAUUGUGUGUUCCCUAAUCAUUUGUAUCAAAUGACCUUGAAGAUAUCUGGAAGGAAGAUAAUGACUAAUUGCUGAGCUUUUGUACAAACAGAGUCCUUAAAGUUCGUCCCAUGGAAGCUUCAGCCAAUUUAAGCUAACUGUCUAUUAUCCUGAAUCCUGAUACUCAGCGAUGCUCGUGAUAGUAAUUGUGAUCUUAGAAUUGUAAAAUGAUAAGAUGUGUUUGUAAAUGUGUUCUAAAUCCUGUAAGGGUACUAGUAAUUGUUGUGAUGAAACUGGUACUCAAUGAGAGUUCAUUUGUUCUGUUAGUCCUUCAAAUUUCCGUGGGCCCUGUUUGGUUAGAAUUUUUUAGUUGUUAGCUGGUUUGACUAGCUAUCAGCGGUUAGUUGUUUGUAUUAGUUGGUUUGACUAGCUGGUUGAAUUAGCUGCUUGUAUAAAAAUGUUUGGCAAAUAGUUGAUAGUUGUUAACCAUUUGAUAUGCAAAAUGAUCAUUAAGGACCUCUAAUGUGAAAAUAA